AUGAAGUUUACCACUCCAGUCCUGCUGGCCUCGGCUGGCGUGGCUUCGGCCUUGACGCAGCAGUGCACAGGCAAUGCCCUCAACGAGGGCGGCAACUUCUUCUGCGGCGCCGUCAAGCAGAUCCUGUAUGAAGGCUUUGCCGGCAGCGGAAGUUACAAGGCCGUCACCAGCAUGGGAAACAACAAACAGUGUGAUACUGAGGAUGUCCCCUACAGUGGUCCUCUGGCGCCACUUGACGAGGGUCUCUCUGUCCACGUCCGUGGCCCCUUUAACCUCAAGGAGUUUGCCGUCUACCACCUCGGCUCUGACAACAAGAAGCGUGAUGUCGCUCCCUCUCCUCAUGUCCACGCCCGCCGUCACGGCCACCAACACUUCCACGAGCAGCGCAAGAAGAAGCGUGCCGAGUGGAUCACUGCCACCAUUGACGGCCAGGUUGUCUCCUGGGAGAAUAACUACUUCGGCCCUGCUACACAGGCUGCCCCUGCCCCUGCUGCUGCCGCUCCUACUCAGGCUGCCCCAGAGCCCGCCGCUCCCAAGGCUGAAGCUGAGAAGGAGGUCGCCCCAGCAAAGAACAGCGCCAAGACCUCGAUCAAGGCGCCCGCGACCAACGGCGGCAGCCAAUCCAAGCCCAAGAAGACCAAGACUACUGCUGCUGCUGGAGGUGCCUGGGCACGUACCUCUUACUACAACGCCGAGCAGCAAGCUGCCGACAACAUUGUCUUUCUCGGCAACUAUGGUGGUGAUGGCUCUGGAGUCUUUGACGAGACUUGGGGCAACUCCCUUUCUUACCUCAACGCUAACGGAAACGGCGGCUCUUCUUCUCCCAAGGUGCUGAAGGAUGUCUAUAUCCCCUCUAACAAGGAGUUUUCCAUCUGGACCGCCGAGAAAUGCGAUGAGAGCUGUGGUUACUCCCGAGCCCCUGAUGUGGCUUACAAGGGCUUCUCUGGAGGCAGCAAGAUCUUCCUCUUCCACUUUAACAUGCCCAUGGACGGCGACCGCGGCUUCAACGGCGACAUGCCCGCCCUCUGGGCCCUCAACGGCCGCAUCCCCCGCACCGGCCAGUACAGCUCCUGCAGCUGCUGGACCACCGGCUGUGGUGAGGCUGAUAUUUAUGAGGUUCUCGCCUCGGGUGACACCAAGUGCAAGUCGACUUUCCACCUUGCCAAGGGCGCCGGCAGCUCUGAUUACUUUGACCGCCCUGUCGAUAGCUUCAUCCGAGUUGCCACCAUCUUUGACGAGCGCUCCUCGAGCGUCGCCAUCAAGAGGGUCCCUGAUGACUUUGACUUUUCCGAGUCGCUGAGCGAGGAUGUCGUUGCUGGCUGGCUUGAUGGAUUUGCUGCUGGCGGAAAGGGCAGCAGCUUGUUCCAGGUGGCCUAG